AUGAGAAAACAAAGCAAGUAUAGUAUCCGAAAUGGUUGCUUCUCUUUUCUUUCAUCUCUCGCGCUUUGUCCCGUAGCUCUUUUUCUCUCUCCUCUCUCCUCUCUCUCUGGCGCCAUUCUCCCCACCAGAGAGCGAGCGAGCCUGCGAGAAACACAGAAAAUCAAUCACAAACUCCUUUAACCAAUUCUCCAUUACUCCAACCUUCAUAACCCUCAUUUUCAACCCCUAAUUUCUUUUAUCAUCAAUCUUCACCCUUUCAAACCCAAAACCCUAACCCCUUUUUUCCUCUGAUUCUAUUCAUUCUCAGAGAAUCCUCUUCACAGGUCAAUCCUUUCACUUUCCUUCUAUAUCUUCGAUUAUCUUCCCCUUUCAUUCCAUCAUCAGCGUCGUCGUCGACGUCAACGUCAACGCUAUUUUCCGAUCCUCAUUUUUGUAUGAUUCAGAGUUAGGGUUACGGAUUCGACGUCAAUGGAAGGGAGUGGGGACAUGUUCAGAGGCUCUCCGGUUGCCGGAUCAUCAUCAUCAGCAUCUUCUUCAUCGAUGAGUUCGAGAAGAUACGGAUUCCCGUCAGCAGCCAGCAUAAUUCAAGCACCGUUAUCAGCGCUUCUGGAAUAUUCUGGUAUUCUUCCCCCGAGGUCGAACCAGCACCAACCUAAUCCCGAUUCUGUCUCCAAUGACGGUGAGGUUUCAAUUAGGAUCAUCGGUGCUACUGAGCAAGAUAAUCGCAGGGAAGAUGAGGCUACGCCACUGGUGGUCAACGUGAACGAUGGUUCUGCGGCUGCGGCUGGGAUGACGUCUUCCCCUUCACAUGGCGAUGGUGAGGGUGUUUCGAGGUCCGGGAGUGGAAAUGUUGAUGCAGAAGCAGGUGGUGGUGAUGGCGUUGGUGCUAAUGGAAGAGAUUCUUCUUACCAGAGAUAUGAUAUUCAGCAUGCUGCUAGGUGGAUUGAACAAGUCUUGCCCUUUUCUUUGCUUCUUUUAGUGGUUUUCAUUCGCCAACAUUUGCAAGGGUUUUUCGUUACCAUUUGGAUUGCUGCUGUUCUUUUCAAGUCAAAUGACAUUAUGCGGAAACAAACGGCCUUGAAGGGAGAGAGGAAAAUGCCUGUUUUGAUUGGAAUUUCUGUUGCUUUUGCACUUCAUGUGGUUGGUGUUUAUUGGUGGUAUCAGAAUGAUGAUCUAAUGUAUCCAUUAGUCAUGCUUCCUCCCAAAGAAAUACCGCCUUUCUGGCAUGCUAUUUUCAUCAUCAUGGUGAAUGAUACUUUGGCGCGCCAGGCUGCAAUGAUAUUCAAGUGUAUAUUGUUAAUGUAUUACAAGAAUAGCAGAGGCCGCAAUUAUCGUAAGCAGGGGCAAAUGCUGACUUUAGUUGAAUACCUCCUCCUGCUUUACCGAGCUUUAUUGCCAACACCAGUUUGGUAUCGUUUCUUCCUGAACAAAGAAUAUGGAAGUCUCUUUUCAUCACUGAUGACAGGGUUGUAUUUAACAUUUAAGCUCACAUCUGUUGUUGAAAAGGUGCAAUCUUUCUUUGCUUCAGUGAAGGCAUUGUCACGUAAAGAAGUACACUAUGGGGCUCAUGCAACAUCAGAGCAGGUUGUUGCAGCGGGUGAUCUUUGUGCCAUUUGUCAAGAGAAGAUGCAUGCCCCAAUCUUACUUCGCUGUAAACACAUUUUCUGCGAAGACUGUGUAUCAGAGUGGUUUGAGAGGGAAAGGACCUGCCCAUUGUGCAGGGCUUUGGUAAAACCUGCAGACCUCAGGUCAUUUGGUGAUGGCUCUACAAGUUUGUUUUUCCAGUUAUUCUAAACUCAUGAUACAAACCAGGAAGUUUUUCUGUUUUGAAGCUUUAUUUUUAAAACAGCAGUCCUGAUCAAUAUACAUCAACACAUGUAAAAUUCACUGGAGGCAUUUUGGAGACACUCUGAGAAGAUGAAUGCAGCUAAAUAGGAUUUAACUUGUCACCUAUUAUUCAUAUAAUGUACUUGUAAGAGGUUAAGUGUAUUAUAUGACCCUGUAACUAGGAGUUUAUUGAAUGUAUAAUUAAAUGCGAGGGGCUUCAUUUAAAAGGAAUGAAGGUCUAUUUCUCUCAA